GAAGGGAACCUGCGAGAAGUAGAAAAUGCCUUCUGCUAAGAAAUAUUGGAGUGGCGGCAAAUUUGACUAGAGCUAUAAUAUUUAAUUUUUAGAGACGGCUAUCAACAAUGUCAGCGUUCAGAAAAAGAUCCAAGUCCCUUGACUCUUUUGAUGUUCCAGAUACUAAACCAUUUAAACUUCAAAGAGUUGCAAGUUUUCAAGUUUAUGCCCAGAAAGAAAAAGUUCGCCUUGGUAUCCUGUAUCCUUUUUUAACCCAGGAGCAAAUCUAUCUGAAAAUUAAAGACAGAUGGAAUCAUAUGGAAAAAGACUUGAAACAGAACUACACUAAAGCUGUCCUUUAUACAACACCAACUAAAAAACCUGCAUGUAAAGAAAUCCCAACUAAGUCAUCACAGUCACUAUUGUCCAAGAAAGAUGGACAAUUAGAAUUGUUAAAGGAUAGUAAGCAUGUUCCGUACAAAAACGAUUUUUGUGGAAAUGCUAUUGUGCUAUCCAAAUCUGUUGCAAGCAAGGCAAAAGUUGUGGAUUGGCUAAACAAUCCUAAGCAGAGGCGACUCUCAGACCAAACUGGACUAAAGAAAACCUAUGAUGGGACAAGGUAUAGUCUACCUUAUGGAAUACCUACAGUCAUCGAUCCAACACCAUGCAAACAACCAGGCAUACUGAAAUGUGAAAGCAGUGAAAAGAAGAAGCCAACAAAGGGAAGCAAGAGAGUGUCACGUGUCAGUUUUUCACCCAAUAACAGAAAUCUUUCAAAGCAGAGUCCAGAUUCAAAGAAAGUCGAAGGAAAGACAAAGAAAAGUGUCAAGAACACGAUGAACUCAGAAUACACCAGCAUAAGCAAUUUAUUCUCUGAAGAUCAAGACACAACUGAGAGGAACAGUGAAUGUGAAAAGGACCACAUAAUGGAAAAUUGUGACACAAAAUUACAGCCCAAUGACACAGAGGGUCUAGUUUUUCAAGAAAACAUAGACGAUGAAUUGUUCACAACACCGGAAAUUGGAAAGUUACUUCUGCAAGAGAUUGGUAAAGCUCCUCGGAAGAGACGGUCAUCGGAAACAAGGACAGAGAGACCAGAUAACCGGAGGAGGUCUGCUAAACAAGGUAAAGCAUCAAAACUGAAAAUGUUGAACAAGACCGAAAAAGAAAAUUCAAGCAACACUAAUAACUUAUCAUUAGAUGUAUUUGGAAAUAAGGUGUGGGCAGCGACAACUUAUUCCAAACAAUCUAGUGGGAGGAAAAGGACACCCAAGAAGAAAUCUGAUAAAAAGGCUGAAGAGAGAGGUAGAAGGUCUAAAGAUGAGGAUGAUGGUAUUGUCACUGGGAGAAAAGGAAGUUUGGUAGGCCCAAUGAUGACAGAUGCAGGAGCUUGUGCUUCAGGGAAUUUCAUCAGGAAUAAAAGAGGUUUGCUUGUAGGACCUGUAGGUGAUUUUGAUGAUACGGUUGAUGAAGCCGAGUUGUCUGAAGAGAGUGAGAAUGAAUUUGUUAACAAUGAUGAAAGUGACUUCCAAGACGAGAAGGAUUUAAAGUUUGGGAAAAUAGAUAGAGUGCUUGACAACAAAGACACUGAAAAAAAUGUCUUAAAAUCAACCAAAAGAUCAAGCAGAACACACGGAAACUGUAAAGCAAAGAAACGGCAGCCAGAUUUUAAGACGAAGAAGUCAAGAAAGAAACAAAGAAAUUUGAGCUAUUGCAGUGACUUUGAUGAAGUUGCUGAUAUGAAAUCCAGCCCAAAGGAAACUGAAAAUCAACAGAAGAAAGAGUCUAGGAAGAACAGAGAUAAAGAAGAGGACAUGUUGAAUUCAGAGUCUCAGUUGAAGCAUAAAAUGUUGUCAUUGUGUAAUGACUUUGUUGUGGAGAAACCUGUGUCACCUAUAAUUUCUGAAGGAAGCAGUAGUCUCAGUGGCGGUGGGACUGACGAUCUGUGCUACCAGGGCACCACUGCAAAUAUAGAUGGAAACCCUACACUUAUGAAAUUUCUACAGAAGAUGAAACAGCUCACUUUGCCAAGUGUUCUUGACAUUGGUGAUACAUCUCCAAAACUACUGUCUCCAACUCUCUCUGGCAUUACGGAGCUCUCAAGCCUGUCUACAGCAUCAUCUGUCAAAGAGUGUGAUCAGCCUUUCCCGUCACAGUUAAGGACUCGGAGAGCCUGUGAUGUGAAACAGCCUCUCGAGGCACAGACGUUUCCUUCCACCUCCAAGUCAGCUCUCAGAUACAGCAACCGAGGACAGAAGGGAGCCAAGGAAUACACACUGUGCAGCAUGUUCCAGGAUACGUCACUGCCGCCGCGGGACAUACACAAGUCCUCAGCAAGGAGACAUGUUAGGAGCAACAGUAUGCCGGGAAGAAGCAACUUUGAUGACAUGUUUGGAGACCAGGAUAUAUUCCACUGAACCAGAAACACACUUAUGUUUUUCUAAUCAUGUUGUCCUUGAGUUUUAAGGAAUAUUGAAUGAAAUAAUCACCUAGAUAUAUAAAACUUAGAUAUUGAGGAAACAUGAUAUGCUCUUCAGUAUUGAUUCAAAGAAAUAGCUGUUUUUAAUAAUUUUUCUGUUGUUCCAGAAUGUCUCAAAUGCAUCAAGUGUUCAUUGUUGCCUGUUCAUUAGGAUUUGUUAAUCUCUAUGUUCAUUUUACAAAACAAUUGAUUUGGCAUGUAGGCGACCAACAUCUGAUGUCUCUGAUAUUCCUUAUGUUUUUACAAUAAAUAAGAAAAUGUGAUCAGAAAAUGGCAACACUGUUACAUUUAACUGCAAAUCCUCGUGUAGCAUUUAAUUAGUUACUACUGUAGAUACACUUUUCAUUGUUGGAGGAAAUGCCUUUACACGUAGACAAAAAAAACCAAUCUUGGUCAAUGUGUGCAUUGCUGUUCUAUCUUUAAAGGAUGAAUUGGUUCAGAUAUAAUAUUUGUUAAGGACAUGUAAUAGAAUUAAACAUUAAUAGAUGUAUUCUUUUACAUACAUGAAGCAAUUAAAUGUUUACCUAUCUCUUCGUAUAAAAGGAAUAUAUACUGUGUGAAAGUGGUCUUGUAUAUUUGUACCAUAGUUAAAUGUUUGUGGAUUGUAUUUUUCUAUUUUGUUUACAGAAAAUGUUACGGUACUCUGUUGUUAUGAAUCCUUUAAAUCAAGCUUUUAAAUUUCAUACCAAUUUAAUCAGCUUCGUUCAUGGUGAAACUAAUGUUAUCAUGUUGAACACAGGACACUUGUUGAUGUUUGAAGUUUUUGUUGAUCGUUUUUAUGAUAUGUUGUUUCGUUGCAUAUUGAUCGCACAAAUAAAUUAUGUUGUUGAGGA